AUGGGAUGGCGAUGGGACUAUGAUUCUGUGGAAUGCCAUAUAAAUAGGAAAGACGUUUAUGGGAAGCAGGUAGCAACGCAAAGGAGGAAGGGAGGGAGAGGGAGUAGAACGAAAAAGAAUAUGGCGUUCAUAGAACGCAGUAUGGCGAGCGAUGGGAAGAGAGUGAUGAGUCUGGAGGAGUUCAAGCGGUGGCUCAGGAGAUUUGAUUCUAACGGCGACGGCAGAAUCAGCUGUUCUGAACUGAGAGAGGCCGUGCGCCUGAGCAGAGGGCGUUUUGCUUCCUGGAAGAGCAAAAGAGGCGUCAAAGCGGCAGACACAAAUCGCAAUGGUUUCAUUGACGACAACGAAUUCAGAAAUCUUACCCACUUUGCUGAUAAGUACUUGAACAUUAGAAUUACUGAUUAA